AUCACAAACGCCCUCAAGACGUGACACGCGUAAUUCGGGCUUAGCCGCUGCAUCAGAAAUGUCGCCAAUGCACUUGGUUUGGCUUGUACUCCACCAGUCUAGUUUCUGACCUUGACAUGCUUCUCCUGUGCCCAUAAAGGUUGCAAUUUCCUUCUCACCGCGCGCCGUCACGACACGUUGAAGCCUGACCCGAGGGCAUCAUCCUGACAACCCAGUCAGCAUACCUCCGCCCAAAAUGAUUGUCAACAUAGUGCUGGAGCACCCGCACGAUCACUACACCAAUCUCGAUGUCAUACAAGGCAAAGUCUCUUUGCGCGUGCCGAAUCCGACAAACCUCAGUAGCAUUAUCGUCAAGCUCGAGGGCGAGAGCAGGACCCGACUGCUGGCGCCCGUACAUCCAAACAGACCCGACAAGCAGAGGCCCGUCCUAGAGAUACACAAGUUCCUGUACCAGACGCUGUUGGUAUGGCCAACAAAUGUGCGCCCGGAAGACAUCAAUCCGAAAUCAGCUUUUACCAUCAAUGCUGGUUCAUAUGAAUAUCCCUUUCAAUUCAAGCUCCCUAUGAAUACGCAAUGUCAGCAAACAAACAACCCAAUCUCGACCGUUUCCUUUUCGAAUACGAUUCCCGAGUUCGCAAAGACACCAACACAGCACAUCAAGGCUACACUACCGCCCACUUUGAGUGGCUUCCCUGGCGAGGCCGAGAUACGUUACUUCGUCAAGGUGACAGUCAGUAGGCCGUCGUUCUUCAAGGAGAACCCCCGAGCAAUUGCAAACUUCACGUUUCUUCCCAUUGAACCACCUCGGCCAGAGCGGACAGACGGCGAGGCAUAUGCAAGAAGGCAGCAUGAGUUCUUGGAGAAUGCUGUGAGCGUAGCAGCAAGCAAAAUGCCCAGCUUCCUGGACCGUAAGAGUUCUUCGGCAAGCAUGCGGUCGGCACAGCCGCCGGGCAAUAUGGGGCCACGCGUAGCUCUUGAUGCACGGCUGCCAAACCCUGCAAUUCUUACAAUCAAUCAAGACCUUCCGCUGCGAGUGCUUAUCAAGAAUGUUAGCCCCCGCAGCAAGAACAUCUAUCUGCAAAUGCUGCAGGUUGAGCUGAUUGGAUAUACGAGAGUAAAAGCACAUGAAGUGGCGCGUACAGAGUCGAACAGCUGGAUAUUGUGUUCUUUCAGCAACAUGGCGAUACCACUUGGGUUGCCAACAGACCCCAUAGACACUGAAGUUCCAAUCAAUCCCGAGUACUGGUCUGGCAAGCCGGUGCCCAAUACAGUAUCACCCAGCUUCACCACGUGCAAUCUGUCUCGCUUCUACGAGUUGGAAAUCCGGGUUGGUCUUGGCUAUGGGAGCUACAAGCAUGGAGAGGACCAACUGAUUGUCUUGCCACUCCGAUUGCCAGUCAAGGUGUUUUCGGGCAUUGCGCCUCCGAAAGCAUUGCUAGAGGCUGGGUUCAAUGCACAAGCAGCCGGGAAGCCGGCGACACUUCAUAUUCCGCAGUACGGACAGGCUCCGCAUACUCCCCCCUCACCACAAGUGGGCUUUGCCAACAACAACGCGUUUGCCGGGCAGCCCGUACAGGCUCAAAAUGCACCGUCAUACGAGGAUGCACCACCGAGCUACGAAGACGCAGUUGGACAGGACCUUCCGCCCAUCAAUGGGUAUCGGGGUAGUUACCAGCCACCUCCUGUGCCCGAAGGUGGGUCUGGAUUCGCGGACGAAAAGAGACGAUGAGGGGGUCUGGUCAGUGGGCAGAACAGGGGAGAGUCCGGCCGCGGAUCGACAGUGCAGCAGUUCUAGAGGGCCAUACAAUAGCCAGGAAGAUGCCUGGGCUGCGACAGAGGUCUCAAGCGCGUGCGGAAAGCGGAAGCAAGAGUGGGGACAUGCAAGAGGGUGUGAAGAAGAGGAUGUUUUGGCUUUGUAUCCAAUAAUUAUUCUUGUUCAUGGCACUGUGGAAACAUGGGGGAGGAAGUGGAGCAGAAUGAAACAGUGUCUUUAUUUGGCGAGGUGCACGUCGAGGCUAGUGUCCAAUCAUGAGGGUGCCGGAUUUUGAUUCUUUUUUGCAGACGGGACGGCCCCUUUGGAAGGGUGCGGGGUAUGUGUGGUGGGCGUGACGGGUGAGGCUAUGUGGAUGGCACCGUGGCAUGGUGGCAAGAAGCCACUAUGCACGCGAGGCAUUUACGCGAUCUUGUUGUGUUGUGCGUGUGUGUGUGUG